AUGAAGGUGUCCAAGGAGCAGCAGCACCAGCCAGGGCCGGCAGCGGCAGCGGCGGCGGAGGAGGCCACCGUGGACGCCGCAGUGGCCGGCGCCGGUGGAGAUGCGGAGGGGGCCGGCGCCGGCGAGGGGGGCACGGUGGUGGUGGGCGUGCGGGCGGACGCGGAGAGCCGGGCGCUGCUCACCUGGGCCUUCGUCAAUGCCGUCGCCGCCGGGGACCGCGUCGUCGCCGUCCACGUCGUGCUCGCAUCCGCCGCCGAGGCCGCAGCCGCCGUCGACUUCGACGGCAUGCUCGCCGUCUACGAGGGAUUCUGCAACCUCAAGCAGAUCAACCUGAAGGUGAAGAUUUGCAAGGGCUCGUCGGUGCGCAAGGCGCUGGUUCGUGAGGCCAGCCUGUUCGGGGCCUCCAAGCUUGUCCUGGGCAUCACCAAGAAGAAGCGCUCGAUUGGGUCCUCGCUGUCUGUUGCCAAGUACUGCGCGAAGAAGCUGCCCACGAAGUGUGCGGUCCUUGCUGUCAAUGGUGGCAAGAUCGUCUACCGGAGAGAAGCGAAUGCCCACUCGGGCAAGGUGUCUGCGGAGAGGCCCGGGUGCGGUGAGGAUGAGAUGUACUGCGUGUUACCGUUCGGAGCCCAUCAGGGUAAGGAGAGCGUGUUGCCUGGUGAUGAACCCAGAGAAGGCAGCGGGGGUGAUGGAAAACAACCUGAAGAGGACGUGUUGCCUUGUGAUGAACUCAAGGAAGGCGGUGGGGGCGACGAAGAACGGCAUGAUGUUGCCGCCAAGGAGAGUCAGCCAGAGGAGGAACAGCAGCCCUCGAUUGUGCAACUUCCUGAAGAAUUGUCGACGGAUCAGGUUCAGAACGAUGCAGAUCCUUCUGACAAGGCCGAAGAGUUGACAGUUGACCGGACAGGUGACAUUUCCGAUCUUCCAGGUGAAGGUGCCAGUGUGCUGUACUGUGUGUUGCCUGCGGGGAAUGACCAUUCAGUUGCAAGUACUUCGAGUCGGCAAGGCACUGAUUCGGUUGAGCUACCGGCUGAGGGGGACGGCGAGCUUUACUGCUUGUUGCCGCCAAGAAAUGGCAAUUCAGGCAGGAGCAGCAAUGAUUCUAAGCGUUCAACUUCGAGUCUGAAAGACGACAACUCUGCUAAUGUGUCUCCUGGUGAACUGUUCUGCCGGCUCUCAAGGAAUGGACGUUCAGGUGGGAGUUCUGGGGGGUCCAAGCGUUCUGUCGGUGUAAGAGGUGUGAUUAGGGCCAUUCGGCGUAGCAGUAGUUUCUCGAGUGAUAUUCAAUUGAACUUGGAAAACUUGGAAACAUCAGCUGACAAGAGGGAUGGCUCAGUUAGCGCGAGUGCCACGGAACGUACUUCUUCCACGGCAUCUACAGAACUAGAGGAUCUGCAAAAGGAAUCUGCACGCAAUGUGGAUACAUUCUCUAACUCUCCAAUGUCUUUGAGAAGGAUGAUAGAAGGAAGGUCUGACCGCUGUCGCCUGCGAAGGAGGAUCUUCAGCCAUCAAAGAAGCUCAUCUUUUGAAUGGGCCAAAGUGUCUAUGGUUCAGUGGGCAAUGAGGCUUCCAAGCCGUUACAAUUCUGUCCACCCGGACAGCAAAUCGCUGAAAUCUGAUGAUAGUCCAAGGUUUAACGGUGAUUCUGAAUGUGAAUCCACGUCAGCGGUUGAUCCAGAAUCUAUCUUCUCUUUCUCUUUGUAUGAUGUGGCAUGGCCUCCCAGUGAAUUGGGAUCUCUUCAAGAGAAGUAUUCUUCAGUUUGUAGGCUGUUUAGCUAUGAGGAACUGAAACUUGCUACAUCAAACUUCUCACCAGACAUGUUGAUUGGGAAAGGAGGAACUAGCCACGUUUACAAGGCACAAUUAAAUGAUGGCACAUUGUAUGCUGCAAAGAUUCUGAAACCUUCAGUUGACGCACUGCAGGAGUUCAUUACGGAGAUCGAGACUGUAACCAGCUUGCAACAUGAGAAUAUUGUCUCACUAAGGGGAUUCAGUUUUGAUAACUACAGCCUUGUGUUGGUGUACGAUUACAUGCACCAGGGAAGCUUAGACAAAACGCUUCACGGCAAAUGUGAGAACAGUCUUAGCUGGGAGAAGAGAAACAAAAUAGCAAUUCACAUUGCAAAGGCACUUGAGUUUCUGCAUCAUGGAGGUGUCACCCAGUCUGUGAUACAUGGAGAUGUUAAAUCUGCCAACAUCCUUCUGUCAGAGGAUUUUCAGGCCCAGCUGUGUGAUUUCGGGCUGGCAAAGAAAGUGUCGGCUUCAACCCCCCACCUAACGUGCACUGACAUCACAGGAACUUUUGGGUACUUGGCUCCUGAGUAUUUUUCACAUGGGAAGGUGAACGAGAAAAUCGAUGUGUAUGCAUUUGGGGUUGUGCUGCUGGAGAUCAUUUCAGGAAGGAAACCCAUUAUAACAGGAUGUGCGAAGGGCCAGGAAAGCCUUGUUGGAUGGGCAAGGCCACUGCUAUCAAGUGGAGAGAUCAAGCAGGUGGUCGAUUCAGUUUUGGGGAAUGACUACGACUGUGACGAAAUGGAGAGGAUGACGCUCGCUGCUUCCCUGUGCACGAGAACGUCCUCUGAUUCUCGACCAGAAACACAGAUGGUACUGAAACUGCUCGAGGGGGACGACGAGACGAUCCACUGGGCGAGAUCGCAGGCCUGCGCCGGCUCCGAUGGCUCGGACGAAGAGGCGGUGACCCCAGGGUCGAAGAUGCAGUCCCACCUGAACCUGGCACUGCUCGGCGUGGAGGAAGACGACGUGCUAUCGCAGUGCAGCACAGAGCAGACCGCCGACACCUCGGCGGAUGAUUACUGGAGCCGCUCCUCGAGCUUCGACUAGGAGAUUGAUUCAGAGUUGUUUGUAUUGUAUAGGUCUUGAUGAUGAUUAUUAUUGAUUGGUUGGAGUGGUUGUUGCAGUUCUUGGCGGAGGCUUGGGUUUGCUCAUGUAGAGACGAUGUCUGAUCUGAUGUAGUCAAGUAGCCUAGCUUAGGAGUUAUUUUGUGCAGUGGCAGUUUUAGAUCUAACCCUGCUGGCCUUUGUGGGGGCCUACAGACAAUCUAUGAUUAUGAAACUAUGAAUGAAUGGUUUUAUGGUGCA